AUGUCUUACUACGGCUACAUCAACCCCCCGGGGUACCCCUAUCCAAACCAGCAGAACCCACAAUACCGUCCGCCCCUAAAUCAGAACGGGUGCCAACCGCCACCGCCACAGCAGUGUCAGCAACCGCAGUACUAUCAGGCUCAACCACAAUACCAACAGGCUCAACCGCGAUAUCAACAGGCUCAACCACCAUACCAACCGCAAUACCAGCAGCAGCAGCAGCAAUACAUGCCGCCGCCGCCUGCCCAACAACAGCUCCAACUAGUAUAUCAACGCGCAUAUCAACCCGCAUAUCAACGCGCAUAUCAACCCGCAUAUCAACCCGCAUAUCAACCCGCAUAUCAACCAGCAUACCAACCCGCAUAUCAACCCGCAUAUCAACCAGCAUAUCAACCAGCAUACCAACCAGCAUAUCAAUCAGAUUAUCAACCAGCAUUUCCACCAGUAGUUCACCCAGCAGUUCAACCAGCAUUUCAACCAGCAGUUCAACCAACGCAUCAACUAGCAUAUCAACCCCCUGCUCCACCGCAGCCAACCGCUUACCAGAAUGAACACGCUCAAACCACGUACCAGCCCCAAUAUGCAGCAACUCGGGCGCAAUCGUCUGCCGCUCCAGAAGCUCAACCACCUGCGGCACAACUGCUUGCAGUACAAACACCCGCAGCACAGCCACCUGCUGCACAACCGCCUGUACCACUGUACGUGGCAGCAAUUGUUGAGUAUGGCGGCAGUGAACACCUGGAACUCGAAAUCCACGACGACCUAACAAGAUCCACGGCGUCUCCCCGCCGACGUCCAAGAAGAACCAAACAAAUCCUAGAUCCCGAUUAUCCGGGAAACGAAGGCAAGAACAUCCAGCCUGACGGCGAGGGCAAUACGUACAUCCUGGGCGCUCUUGAGAGCUUCGAUACAGGCUGGCAUUCAACCGCAAUCAAGGCAUGGAUGGAAGAGCAUGGUGAUCAUGUCGUCUGUGUCGACUGCAAAGCCUGGGGUCGUUCCUGCGACCACAUGGUUCCCUGCGCAGAAUGCACAGAGCACGGAAACGAAUGCAGAGUCUCGUACUGUAGGAAGGACGAAUGGGAGUUCUUUGACAGAUUUGGCAUUCAGACUCACGAGCUGCACAGCUGGAAUAUGGCCAUCAUCCUGCAUUGCAACCCUGCAGCGAGGCUGAUCCAAUGGCACUUCCCUCAAGCAACCGAUACCUGUGGCAAAGCAGGCAUGAACCGCCGCGGGGAGUUCAAGAACAAGUUGCAAUUACCAACUGCUGGUAUUGCCAAACCUAAGUCUGAGGACAACGAUUGGGGAUACUCGACCAGGUUCCCAUUGGAUGAAUGGAUCGUCGACUGCUUCUUGAAGAAGAACAUGGAUGAACAUGACAUCAGAGAAUACGAAGAUUGGUUGGAGGGUGUGCGGCUCAUCUUCAACGAUGGAGACCCGAGUGAAACCAAGUUCCCAAUUUCAGAGCCACUCGAACCCGGCCCAAACCAUCCAAUCCAUCGAGUGCUGGCUUGGGAGGCCGACAAGUAUGGUUCUCCGGGACGAAAGUAA